CCGCUUGCCGUAUCGGGGCAGGGCACUCGUUAACAAGCGUAACGCUCUGCUUGGUUGCUGUUUACUUGGUAUUAUUGUAGUUUAACCUAAUCGUGCAGCCAUUUCUAAUUAGUUUCUCACUACGUCUGUACAAGAGCGUACAUGCAGGAGCUUCAACGCGUUCUGUUUGCUAACUGCGAGUGCUAACACUUGCAAGCUAGCCUCUACGUCACACCUAUUGGAGCCUGUAAAACAGAGAAGAUGGCUUUAUCGAGGACACAAGAUGCGUGUUCAGGCGAUGACGGUGGCGGAAUGGGGUUAUCAGAAAUGGACAACGGGUGCGGGGGCGACGAAGCGAGCCAAGGCGAGAUAAUUGGCUCCUCUGGGGACGGAGGAGAGCUAAAAACGUGUGUGUUGGAGGGCUUCGGUGAGCGGGACGAGGUCGAGGCUCUCAUCGCGGGUCUGCCGGACGUCCACGGGGAGCUGACCGGUCGGGAGUCCGCCACGGAGAAGUUUCAGAAGAUUCUCGACCGAUAUCAAGAUCAACCUCAUCUGCUGGACCCACACUUGGAGUGGAUGGUGAACAUGUUGUUGAAACCGGUGAGGUGUGAGGACUGCCCUUCUUCCUUGUUUCAUUUGGCCUUCAAGUUCCUCUACAUCGUCUGUAAGGUGCGAGUUUACAAAAUCUUCAUGCGGCGUUUGCCUCACGAGGUCGCCGACAUGGAGCCUGUUCUGGGUUUGCUGUCCAAGCAGGAUCCGACAGACACACAGACAUGGUCGACACGCUAUAUUCUGCUGCUGUGGCUGUCCAUGACCUGCCUCACGCCCUUUGACCUUUCUCGCCUGGAUGGCAACUUGCAGUCGGAAAACGGCCGCGCCAGAGAGCCCAUCAUGGAGCGCAUCCUUGCUAUUGCCAAGUCCUAUCUCGGUGUCAGCGACAACUGCAGGCUUGCUGCUUCCGUCUUGGUGUCAAAGUUCAUGACGCGGCCAGAUGUGCUCAAGAAGCACCUUGGAGGCUUCCUGGACUGGAGCCUUAACACGAUAGAACAAAAUAAUGACCAGUCCCUGGACUCCAUCAGGCUGCUGGAUGGUGCUCUUCAGUCUCUGGCGAUGCUUUUCCAGCACGGCAAGCGGGAGGAUCUCUUAGCGCACGCUUGUCGAGUUUUGCACUGUCUCGAACCAAAAGGGCUCUCAAAGAGCAGCCAAGCCACUCUGAGGAAGCUCAACGUCAAACUGAUCCAGCGACUCGGCCUCACCUAUCUGAAGCCUCGCUUGGCCCCUUGGAGGUACCAGAGAGGAAGCAGGUCCAUAGCAUCCAGCCUUUUGAGCAGCCCAGCCGCCGACACCCUCCAAGAGACCACGCGAGGGGAGGACCACUAUGAUAUCCCACAAGAGUUAGAGACUGUUAUUGAGCAUCUACUGGCCGGGCUCAAGGACAGGGAGACAAUCGUGCGUUGGUCUGCGGCAAAGGGUGUUGGCAGAGUGACUGGGAGGCUUCCCAAGGAGCUGGCGGACGAGGUGGUGGCGUCAGUGCUGGACUGCUUCAGCUUCCAGGAGACGGACAGCUGGCACGGCGGCUGUCUGGCCCUUGCCGAACUUGGCCGGAGAGGCCUCCUGCUGCCCUCCAGAUUAAGCCAGGUGGUGCCGCUCAUCACCUUGGCCCUGACCUACGAUGAGAAGAGGGGCGCGUGCAGCAUUGGCUACAACGUGCGCGACGCCGCCUGCUACGUGUGCUGGUCCUUCGCCAGGGCCUACGAUCCCAAAGAGCUGCGGCCCUAUGUCAACCAAAUUGCAAGCUCUUUGCUGGUGGCGGCCACGUUCGAUCGAGACGUCAGCUGCCGCAGGGCCGCCUCAGCUGCUUUCCAGGAAAACGUUGGCAGGCAGGGGACGUUCCCUCACGGCAUCGACAUUGCAACGGCGGCGGACUUUCACGCUGUGGGCAUUCGCAACUGCUGUUACCUGAACACUAGUGUUUACAUUGCCAGUUUUCCUGAGUACACCAAAGCCAUGAUUGACCACUUGGUCGUCAAGAAGGUCAACCACUGGGAUGGUGCGAUUCGAGAGCUCACCUCCAAAGCGCUUCACAACCUGACGCCUCAAGCACCUGACUACAUGGCGGCUUCGGUUCUGCCACAGCUGUUGAAGAUGGCGGCGGCGGCAGACCUUCAAGGUCGCCACGGAGCCAUCUUGGCGUGUGCGGAGGUGACCUAUGCACUCUACAAACUAGGCCUCCGCACUGGCAGGACUGUCAUGGACAUGGUUCCCUCCGAGUGUGUGGCAGCUUUGAAGGAUCUUCACCAGAAAAUCCAAGACAGGAAACAGUACAGGGGCUUUGGUGGAGAGCUGAUGAGGCCAGCCAUGUGCCGACUUAUUGAGACGCUUUCCUUGUCCAAAAUGCCGUUCAAGAACGAGCCGGUCAUCGCCGGCUGGCAGGCGCUUGUUGACGACACCAUCGGGUCACUUCAUCUGCUCUCAGGUCGUGUCAAGGACGGCGUCUUGGAUGCCGCCCUGCGUGCCCUGUCUGCCUUGUGCAAGGAAUACUACCAGGUCCGGCCCGGCCAGGCUGACCCAGAGCAGCAGAGCGCGCUCGUCACUCGCUAUACGGAGGAGCUGCGGAGUCCGCAGAUGCUCAGUCGUUGCAGCUCUGCCCUCGCCCUCGGCUGUCUGCCGGGCUUUAUGAGCCGCGGCAAGCUCAAGCAGAUCUUGGACGGCCUUGGCCAGAUGCACGCCGCCUGUCUGCGCGAGCGCCGUUUCCCGGAGGCCAGGAGGGACGCCGUCCAAGCGCUGGCCCAAGUAUGUCUGAAAGCGGGCGUUUGUACCGGCGGGUCCCCGGCGUCCUUUCUGUGCUCGGAGAACAUUGCCCACGUGUACGCCGUCCUGCUGGACAGUAUGGACGACUACGCCACCGAUAGGAGAGGGGGCGUGGGCGCCUGGGUGAGAGAGGCCGCAAUGACGAGUCUGAAGGAUGUGACAAUCCUGGUGACACAAACAGCCCCAGAGAUCCUCCUCCCAGAGCAGGUGAAGUGCAUGAUGGGCAAGCUGGCGCGGCAGUCAGCUGAGAAUAUCGACCGCUACAGAGCGCACGCCGGCGCCAUCUUCACGCACCUCCUGCACCACUCCGACCCGCCUAUUCCGCACAUCCCCCACAAGGAGGCGCUGUUAAGCAUCUUUCCACCGGAUGUCAAAUCCAGUCUGAACUGGAAAGCGCCAUCCCAAGCCUUUCCAUAUAUCACCCGGCUACUUGGACUGCCCGAGUACCGUGACCAAACCUUGCUGGGCCUCACAGUGUCAGUGGGUGGGAUGGCUCAAUCCACAGUGACGGCCUCCUCCCAGUCUUUGCUUGACUUCCUGCGUGGGAUCCAAGGUGACCGCGCCGCCCUGGAGCACUUUGCCAUGGAUGCCCUGAUUCAAAUCUUGAGAGAAAAUGUGCGCAAUACCAGAAUCGCCCUCCCUUUCCUCAAGAUGUCGAACCUGCUGUUGUCUAACGGCUGCUUUGACAUCUUCACCUCGGAAGAAGAUCACCCUUUCUGCGUGGAGCUGCUGUCGCUGUGCCGAGCGGUUGGGCGGUCCAAGGACGUGUACAAGCUGCGCGCCUGUGUCACCGUCUACUGCGGUCUCAUCCAGUUCCCGGGCCAGGUCCGCAAAGAGGUCUUGGAGGAGCUGCUGAUGCUUCUCUGCAACUCCUUCCUCUUGGUUAGAACGACAACUGCCAGGCUGAUGUACGAGAUGCUGCUGACAUACGACGACGUCGUCGUUCCUGACAUUUUGGACGACGUCAUGAACCUGCUCAGCGAUACCGACUGGGAACGUGAACCUGCCACUCUGCACCCCACUAGAAAUGAGCUACAUCAUUUGCUGGGAGUCUCCAUGAAACCUCCCGUUGCUCAGAACAUGUCCCCAGAGAGUCAGAAAAUGGACGGAUGACAUCGCGUUGAAUGCAUGAGUCUUCCCUUAGUCAGCCAAAUAAAAGAGCCGUCAUCCUUUGCAUUGCUCUUUUUUGUCGCAUUCAAACUGUUGUAACAAUCUCUGAAUCAAAAUGCUGCAUUUUGCUCUUGCAUUUGUGCUCAUAGUGUCAAGCAAGUGCUCACACCAAGCAUGUUGCCAUUCCAGCGACACUCUUUGUCCUUUUGUGAAAUGUCUUAAGGAAUAACAGAUGUGGCAUGGUUGAAUUUGAAUGUCAUCCUGCAUUGAAGGUCUCGCUUUGCUACUUUUGCCCUACCGUGGCCUCUUGACAAAGGGCCGCCUGUUGCGUCACGCUCGUGGACCGUUUGGCACCCGAUGCCGAGACUUCAGCCUCGCGGACAUCUUGCCUUGCAUUCUUUGUGCUAAUUGGAUUUCAUUUCAUAAGGUUUCUUCCUUUUCCCGGGGGAUCUGUGCCUUCUUGUAUGGAGUUGAACUUGCUUGUCUUUGUUGUUGUUUGGCGCUCAAAGGCUGCGUUUGAACCACGCCAUUUGAACAUAAAGUCAAACGUUGACAAUAAAAU